UCUUAUCUUAGGCGAGCCCAAAGGCAGAACGGCAAAAACCCCAACAAAGGGGAAAAGCUGAACCCCGCCGCCGCCCGCCGGAAUGGCGAAGCCCGCGGCGUCCUUGGCCUCCCUCCUCCCACAGCUAUGGCACCGGCCCUUGCCGCCGCCCCCCCUCCUCCCCCGCGCCCUCUACUCCUCCUCCCCGCUCCUCACCACCCACCGCAUCCCACGCCGCCGCCGCCGCUUCUCCCCCACCACGCACCUCGACGCCGCGGCCACCGCCAGAGCAACCAGAGCCGCCGACCCCGUAGAGGCCCUAACAGCCACCUCGUACCCAGCGUACGACAGGCUUCUGCCCUGCCCGUCGAAGGACGACCCUCCGAGGAUCGAGCACCUCGUCGCCCGGGAAGACGAGGUCGCCGGCGAUUUCAUCUCCAGGUCCCUCAACCUCCCCCCUCUGUACGUUGCAGAUCUCAUCAGGUUCGGGGCCGUGUACUACGCCCUUGUUGCGCCGCAGCCGCCCCCCUACGCUGCUCCGGAGCAUGUGAGGAUCUUCAGAGAGGUGACAGAGCCUUCGCUCCUUCGCCAGAGGGCGUCCAUUAAAGGGAAGACCGUGAGGGAGGCGCAGAAGACGUUCCGGGUGACGGACCCCAGCCAGCGCCUCGAGGCCGGCACUUAUCUAAGGGUUCAUGUGCAUCCCAAACGGUUCCCCAGGUGCUAUGAAAUUGACUGGAAAUCCAGGGUAGUGGCGACCACUGAUGACUUUGUUGUCCUCAAUAAGCCAGCUGCAACAUCAGUAGGAGGUGCAACUGAUAAUAUUGAGGAAUCCUGUGUGGUUUUUACUUCACGUGCAUUAGGAUUGGAGAGCCCUUUAAUGACAACUCAUCAGAUUGACAACUGUUCUGAGGGCUGUGUGGUAUUGUCUAAAACCAAGGAAUUCUGCUCAGUUUUCCAUGGAUUGAUAAGGGAAAAACAGGUUAAAAAAGUUUAUCUCGCGCUUACAACGGAACCUGUGUCUCCAGGAAUAAUUACUCAUUACAUGCGUCCCCUUAAUCGUGCUCCCAGACUUGUUGCAGAAGAUCAUAUUGAAAGAUGGCAUCUCUGUCAAAUGGAGAUAUUAGACUGUAAGAAGGUUCCAUGGCCAAAACCGUUGAUAACAAAAGUCCACAAAGUGGACAACUGUGGGUGGCCCAAACAGGAAGCUGCCUAUGAAUGUAAAAUCAAUCUCAUGACAGGGAAAACUCAUCAGAUUAGAGCACAGCUUGCUGCUAUAGGUGCUCCAAUUGUUGGGGAUUCUGCGUACAUGACUGGAGUGAUCGCAGCAAUGGCUAAUCCAAGCAUAAACCCAUAUGGUAGGGCGAGCUUGAAUUACAACAAUGAAGAGGAAAAGGCUGCUGCUGUUGAAGCGUGGGUUGCUUGCCAUGGCAAGGAACCGAAAUCCGUAAUUGGUCUGCAAGCAUCUGAAAUCUCGUGGGAUUAUGAAGGCGAGCACCACUAUUACAAGGCUGGGGUCCCUUGGUGGCGGCAAGACGCGGUGGAGUCCGAGCUGGUUUGAGCAAAGAACUACAUCCCUGGAACAGUUGCCUCCCUAAACCUGAAAGGUCCCGAUACACACAUCUUCCGGUGGAGGGAAGGAUCUGAGGCGGCUCACCAAGAAACAUGCCCAACAAUAUUUCGGGCUGAUUUCGGGCUGGAAUGCCUCGCCACCAGCAGCAAGAACCCAAUUGACACACCAAAGAUUGUCCGGCAGAAUGUUUGACCUCUCAUGUGUGACUGGUGCUGGAAACUGUAGCUGGUGUAAUUCGGGACAGUGGUGCACUGCCAAUGCAGUUUAACAAUAUUUCUUCUUUUGGGUGGGUUGACAAGAUUUUGGCUAGGUGUUGUAGAUCUGUGAAUUGGCAGUUUUUUUUUUGAGGGGUUAACCAAGUUUUUAUUGCUCAUAGACCACAUUUAAGUGGGAUACAAAAAGGAUCAUGGGGUUCCAAAAAACCACAAGUGCCUACCCCGAUCCAAUGAAUGUGCAAACUUGGCUAACCUAUCGGCAUCGCUAUUAGAGGCUCUGUCUUCGAAAGUAAUAUUACAACUGAAGACUA